GCUACAGCAGCGGCUGGAGGGAGGCAGCGGCGUCAGUGGCGAUGGUGGUGGCAGUCUCGCUAUCCCAGAGGAGCCCAGAGUGGAGACGCAACGGCUCCUGAGGCUCCCGGUUCCCCAUCACACACUGAAGAAAAGAGAGUGGCUUUAUCUGGCUUUGUGUGUCCUCUCCAGCACCAGAAGGAAAAGUGAGGCUUGGGAUCUAGGAAGGUGCAAGUGAGGAACAGACUCAGUUUUUUGAGGGUGAUUCAUCACUGUGGCCCCCAAAGUGUCUAACAGAGCAGAUACUUGGUGGUCUGAGGAUACCAUGACGGUCACAGUGGUAUAUGAUAACUCUGAGGCAACGGAGCUCUGUGCUGCUCAGCACCUCUACCUCAAGCCCAUAGCAAAAUUGAUGAUCAAUGUAUUGCUCCCAGAAAGUCUAGAGCCUGUGAGGCCCUUCUCUAACUGGGAAGUUCUUGACCAACUAAAGAAUCUCAUUUGCCCUGACCAAUUCACCACAGUUCGGCUCUCUAAAAGUACAAAGGACUUCAUCAGAUUUGAGGGUGAGGCUGAAACCCGAAGUUUGGUUCAGAUCCUGAAGGCAAAGUUACAUGGGAAGAUCAUCAAGCUAAAUGGUUUGAAAACAGACUUAAAAGUAGUGGCUACAGAUGCCCAGGGAGAGUGGGAACACUUCCCUAAGGAAAAAGAGGCCUCAUUAAGUGAUGGAGCUGAAGAGCAGGACUAUGAUAAGAGCCCAGAUUCCAUAUAUUUUGAAGGUUUGCCCUGUAAAUGGUUUGCACCUAAAGGUUCCAGUGGGGAGAAGCCAUGUGAGGAGAUCCUUCGGGUAGUCUUUGAAAGUUUUGGGAAAAUCAAGAAUGUGGAUAUCCCUAUGCUUGACCCCUACAGAGAAGUGAUGACUGGUGGGAGCUUUGGGAGUUUUAGCUUUGGUCUGCAAACAUUCGAGGCCUUUAUCCAGUACCAGGAGUCAACAGACUUCAUAAAAGCCAUGGAGUCACUUCGAGGAAUGAAGCUGAUGCUUAAGGGAGAUGAUGGGAAAGCUCUGGCAUGUAACAUUAAGGUUAUGUUUGAUACAACCAAACACUUCAGUGAAGGAGCUAUAAGGAAGAGAAACCAGGAAAGGCUAAAAUUACAACAGCUGGAGGAAGAAAGAAAAAAAGAAAAGAAAAGAGAAGAGGAAGUAGCUGAAAGAAAAAGAAAAGACGAAGAGAGGAAAGCCCAGGAAAAGAGGAAGAAAGCCAGGGUCAGGAGGAGAGCUCUGAAGGAAAUGGGAAACCAUCGGCAGAGGAGACAGAAGGUUAAAACCAAAGCUGAGGUGCCCCAGGAACUGGACUCUUCAGAAGAGUGGGAGGAGAGGAAGUACCUGCUGGCUCAGAGGCGGGUGGAGGCCCUUCGGUUGCUCCAUGUCCUCCUGAGGAAAAUUUCAGGAUCCACCCAAUUUUGCCUAGAGGAGGUUGAUAUUACAGGCCCUGAAGCCAGUCAUACUCCAGGGAACACACUGGAAACUCGGGAGGAAGAAGAGUUAAAUGCUCAGCAUCUUCCAAAUCAAGAAGAAAUGCCAGAAUAUCAGGUUGCCAAGGCUGACAAUAAACAAAAACGAAAAAUGAGGAAAAGAACUAGGAAUCGCUUACAUAAAUCUUCCCAUUGUCUUGGGGGAAAGAAAUUAAGAUACUCAUCUAGAAAAGAGAGAACUAGAAAAUUAUUAACUGACAAACACAAUUACAGCUUGGUCUCUGACCCGAAUUCCUUGCAAAUUACAAUGAUUCAAGGUCAAUCUCUUGAAAAUGAGGAGCACCACAGUGCUCACAGUGCUCAUAAAUCCUGUUCUUCCAGAUUAUCUGAGAGAGACCAUGGCAGAAAACAGAAGAUCUAUGAAACAGACGAAUUUAUUGACUAUUUAUUAAAUUAUUAUCAGACUCCAAAAUAUUCUCGUAUCUUCCUAGAAGCAAGUCACAUAACAAAUACAUGUCAGUGGCAGAGGGAUGUCCAGGUUAAAGGAAAUGGAUUUCAGAUCAGUUUGAGAAAACAAAGGCAUCCCUCAACCAAUUUGAGCCAAAUGGAAAACCUGGAAAGAAGAGAAGAUAUCCAGGAAGAUGAUCACUGGUCAACAGGAAGCAUGCAAGACCCUGAGCACAAAUCACAAAAGAGAGGAAAAGUGGAUUAUACCAAAGAGUGUACUAAGAGAUUUAAAAGUGAUUGCAUGGAUACAGCCAGUGAAGCUGGUGAUCAACUGUUCCCAACUGAUGCAAAGUGGCAUCUCUUGGAAAAGACUCAUACUCACCAGGCCAGUGAUUCCAAAUCCACAAGGAGACAUCAAGUUUCCUCACCUUUCAGAUCAGUAGGCUUAGAUUUGAAGUUGACAGAUUUCUUAGAGGAAAUUAGUAGUGAUUCUGAGUGCUUCAGUGAAAUUCUUAGCAUAAAUGAAGAGGAGAAAGAGGAAUCUGUGGCCACAUAUCAUAGCUCCCCUGAAGAAGGAACUCUUGACAAUGAUGAAGUCAUCGCUUGCAAACAAAAAUCUAGGUCAAGUCAUCAGACCUUGCAUUCAGAGUGGAAACAUGAUGGUAAGGAAAAAUACUCCAAAUACAAGCUUAGGACACCAGGCAAGAGGUCUAAGUAUGAACCAAGAUGCUCAUGGCUUGAGGAUGAAAGCAGUUCUAUUAGAGAUGAGAACAACAGCAAAAAGAGGGAAAAACUAACAUCUAGCUACUUGUUUGAAGAAGACUACUACCAUGAAUUCAGUUCCAGUGAUCAAUUAGAAGAAAUCACAAGAAAGAAGAGGAGGGUUAGUGGUAGCAUAUUGGACCACAAAGUGAACUGUAGACCCUCUCAUGUGCCAACGCCAUCAUCAAAAAGUGCUAAUGCUUUAUAUUUGGGAUAUUAUCCCAAAAGAAGAGAAAGUUCUUGGAAGUCAGAAUACAACCAGGAUGCAAGAAGGCUUAAAAAACAUGAGAAUUCUAAAGAUUUCAUGCUGAAUUCUGAUAAUUAUUAUAUUAGACAUAAUAGUAACAAGCACAUUGACUGUGGAAGCUAUUUAGGAAACAACUACACUAGUUCUUUAUAUUUUCAAAUGUUUUGAUGGGCAGUUUGAUCAGGAACACCCAUAUUUACAAUAAACAACUCAUAAACAGAAAAAUUUAAAACCAAAUAUAGCUAUGUAGUUAGCAACUACAGAGCAAGAGCUUGCGCAGGGUCAAAUGCAAAACCUUGCCAAAGUUUAAAGCUUAGGUCAAAAUGACUGCAGAUGCAUUGGCAAGCUUUGGAAAUAUAAAACCUCCAGAUUCUGAAGCUUGGUAACAAUGCACUUGCAAAACUUCAAGAUAAACCUUUUUUUUUUUUACAGCUUUAAUUUGGUGCCAGUAAAGGAGCAGAUUAACGUUGAGAUAGCCCCUCCACGGUUCUUUAGCUGUCACAUCAUCAUCAUCAUCAUCAUCAUCAUCAUCAUCGACCUUCAAAUGACAAUAGUGAAUGAAUAAGGCUCCUUUUGCAUGUUCUGUGAUUUGGUCAGAAAUAUCACAUGCAGUAAAAAGCUACUGACUCAUGUUUAGUAAUUGUAGCUAAAAAGAGGGAUAACAGCUAGAAUAUGUUACAGACAUCUUUAUGACAUUAAAGAAUUUCAUGAGCACCCACCAGAAGUAAAUUAAUCUUACUGAUGUGUUCAUAGUAGUCAAAGAAUUGUCCUUUUAGAGACAACAUUUUGGAAGUAUCUGAAAGGGGCUAGGGUUUUCCUUUGAGGUUUAAACAGUCAGAGGCUCAUUAGCAGAGUUUUAAAUAAUGAUCCUCAUGUCUUUCCAUCCUUUAAAAGCAACAGGAUUGAAGUGAUAUAAUCAGGGAUAUUUCCACAGGGAAAUAUUGAAGAUCCUGGGGGCACCGAUAAUGGCACUUGAGAAGAGAGCACAUGAUGGGUAUUCCAUUUCAAGUUAUGUAAUCCUUUCGCUCAGGGUCGGGUGACAUCAGUUUGUAAAAAGUCACUGAGUAUCCCCCAAAUGACUUUUAUAAAAUAGUAACAAGUGCCUCCUCAGUCCUCAAUAGUGCCAUGGAGUUAGGAAGAUUUAAGAGAAAAGGCCAUAGUUUUCUAGCUGUGGAAAAAUUGUAUGUAUACAGGAUUUGUAAACUCUAACAUAAACAAUUUAUCUUUUUACUUGUUUUGGAUUUCUUAAAUAUGUUUUUAAAUUGAGAUAUUUUAUAGAAUAUUAAAGAUUUACCUUUUAGUGAAGUGCAUGUUCUAUAAAAAAGCUUGGCUGAUUUAUUCUGCCUUAUAUUGGAUUUAGGGCCUCAGGGUAGUAAAUGACUUUAUUUUCCCCAACAAAGCUAUACCUGGCCUGGCAUUUGAAGACAUCAGUGAGAUUCAAGAUUGCCUGCAACAGGAAAAGGUGAUUUUAAUCCACAGAAGCAGUGGAGAACAACAUAUUCAUAUGACACAAUUCAUUUCACAGUCUUAAUUUGAUAUUCUGUAGAAGAGCACCAGUGAAUAGAACAAUGUGGGAUGCCAGUCGGUGUGGCUGUCCAGAAUAAUGCCACACGAUGUGUGCCCAUAACCAGCCUCUUAAGCAACCUGGUGUCUGAAGUGGCUACAGAACCUUACUUUUCUGAAGUAGAAGCCAAGAAUUGUUUCACUGAUCUUCCUGGUCACAUUUUAAUAGAGGUGGUCAGGACAUACAAAACCUCAGAAAUGAUCAUAUCAUCAAAGAUUGUGAUUAUUACUAGUAAGAUAACAACCUAUUUAUUAUUGGCUCUCUUGUAUUCCAUUCCACUUUCAAGCCAGUAACUGUGCUGGCAAAACUAGGUUUGACUUCUGAAAUCUGAAAAAUUGCUCAUGGGGCGAGUGCCUUUUCUCCUCUGAGGACUAGCAGCGAACACUCUUGUUCAAAGUACCAUCAUCCAGAGUAGCCUUUUAAACUACUAACUGCUGGUAUUUUGUUAGAAAAUUUUCUGGUAAAUAGAUAUUACUCUCUAGUGAAGACUUGUCUCCUUAUUUUUUUAUGUUUUAUGCCAUUGAAACAAACAACAAUGAGAACAACAAAAAAUUUUGAGUCUGUAUUGGAAAGUAGGAAAGCUGUUUUGAAUUUUUUUUAUGGUGCUGGGGAUAGAACCCCUACCACUCAGCUGCACCCCAAGCCCUUCUGUCCUUUGAUAGUUUUCUUUGCAGUUUCUUUUGGCAUGGAAAUAAUUUUCUGCUCAGUAAAGAAAUAAAAAUAAAUUACAGAAUACAGUAUGUGCUUCUUUUGUAUAAUAGAACUGGUGCUAAGUCAUUUUUAUAUAACAUUUUGUCUUGUUUGAUUUGUUUGCUAAAAACCAUCCUCAGAGCUAGAAGAACGUAAAAUACUGGUUUUAUGUUGAUAUUCUGAACAAGCCUGGAGUUUUAUAUCCAUCUUGUGGUAAAGACUUUUAGAUUUGGGUCAGCCUCUUUUGUGUGUGGGCCUUGAAUAAGGAAGAGAACAACUUAUCCUGUACUUUUCAGUUGAAAGGCUUAGUAAGGAAUGAAACAGAAUUGAAACCAUUGUAACCGUUUUCUCUUAAUUAAUAUUAUACUUUGUUGCACUCUGUUAUUUAAGUGGUACAGAUAUAUUUUCUCCUAUCUUUUUGUAUGUCUUAUUAAAUAUAGGCCUAAAUUUUAAACUGUCUUUUAAAAUAGGUGUUUUCAUUGUAUGUGCUGCUGAUAGUGCUGUAAGAAAGCUAAAAAUUUUUCAAUGCUUUUAAUUAGUUCAUUUAAAACUCUCAGGUAGAUGGCAAUGUAACCUGGUAAUAUUGAAAAUAGAACCAAAUAAAUAUAUUUUUAUUUGUUGCAAAGCUGAUUAAAAUGUUCAUUUUUUUGCUGAUAC